CACAGUGGGUGUAGUGUAGGGCUGUGGUUCACAUCUCUCUGUGAUCAUUGGCUCUGACCCUCAUUCAUGUAGGAUCCUUAUGGGGCCCUGUGCUUAGCCCUACAAGAUCUCUCAUAUCCCUGUCCUUGGCCAGUCUGUGCCUGCAGCUCACAGCAGUAACUAUGGCUGUCCCAGAGAAGUUCCAGUUUGCCAUUGACCGCGGGGGCACAUUCACUGAUAUCUUCGCCAGAUGUCCUGGAGGGAAAGUCAGAGUCAUGAAGUUGCUGUCUGAAGAUCCUGCAAACUAUAGAGAUGCCCCAACUGAGGGGAUCCGACGCAUCCUAGAAGAAGAAACAAAAGCUGUAUACCCGCGAGAGCAUCCCGUGGACACACAGCAGAUAGAAUGGAUCCGGAUGGGCACUACAGUGGCGACCAAUGCCUUGUUGGAGAGGAAAGGUGAGAGGAUCGCUCUACUUAUCACACGUGGCUUCCGGGACUUGCUCCAUAUUGGUAACCAGGCACGACCCAAGAUCUUCGACCUGGAGGUGCAGAUGCCGGAGGUGCUGUAUGAGGAGGUGAUAGAGGUGGAGGAGAGGGUGAUCCUGCACCGUGAGGGUUGUCUUCUGCCCAAAGAGCACUCUGUGAAGACCUUCAUAGGUUCCACAGGAGAUUCCUUGGAGGUCUGGGAGCCUGUGAAUCUGCAGCAUUUGGAGAAGGAGCUGCGAGGAGCACUCUCCCGUGGAAUACGGAGCCUGGCUGUAGUCCUCAUGCACUCAUACACGUGGUCCUCACAUGAGCGUCAGGUUGGGGAGCUGGCUCGUUCCUUAGGAUUCUCCCAUGUGUCCUUGUCGUCAGAGGUGAUGCCGAUGAUCCGUAUGGUACCUCGAGGGUACACAGCCUGUGCUGAUGCAUAUCUCACCCCUUGUAUACAAAGAUAUCUUGACGGCUUCCGCAGUGGCUUUCAUAACCAGCUGAAGGACUUGCAAGUUCUCUUUAUGCGGUCUGAUGGAGGCCUCACUCCCAUGCAUAGUUUUAGCGGCUCCCGUGCCAUCCUGUCUGGCCCCGCAGGAGGCGUUGUUGGUUACGCCAUUACCACGUAUGAUCAGGAUAAUCCUCAGCCUGUUAUUGGUUUUGAUAUGGGAGGGACAUCCACAGAUGUCAGCAGAUAUGCCGGAGAAUAUGAACACGUGUUUGAAGCCACAACCGCUGGGAUCAGCAUCCAGGCGCCACAGCUAGAUGUGAAUACGGUGGCGGCAGGAGGUGGCUCUAUGCUCUUCUUUAGGUCAGGUCUGUUUGUAGUUGGACCAGAGUCUGCAGGUGCCCAUCCUGGCCCAGCCUGCUACAGGAAAGGGGGGCCAUUGACUGUGACAGAUGCCAACUUGUGCUUGAGUCGUCUACUACCAGAAUACUUCCCACGGAUAUUCGGUCCUACGGAAGACCAGCCUCUUUCUAAGGAUGAUACUUUACGCAAGUUCCAAGAGCUGACAGUAAAAAUUAACAACUUCCAGUCUGGGACAGCUGGGGGCAAGGCCCCUCUGAGUGUGGAGGAAGUGGCAAUGGGAUUCAUCAGAGUAGCCAAUGAAGCCAUGUGUCGACCAAUCAGAUCGCUAACUCAGGCUAAAGGUCAUGACACGUCCCGCCAUGUUCUAGCAUGCUUUGGUGGUGCAGGUGGACAGCAUGCUUGUGCUAUCGCUCGCUCUCUGGGCAUGAAAACUGUAUUUAUCCACAAGUACGGUGGCAUUCUGUCGGCAUUUGGCAUGGCUCUAGCUGACGUGGUGCACGAAGCCCAGGAACCAUGUUCAUUGGUGUAUGGCCCAGACUCUUACUCACUCCUGGAAGAGCGGAUCGCUAUGCUGGAGAAGCUGUGUAUAGAUGCUCUGCAGGCGCAAGGCUUUCACAGGUCACAGAUUGACACAGAGCCAUUCCUGCACCUUCGUUAUGAGCGGACAGAUUGUGCACUAAUGUGCUCUGCCAGAGGAUACCCAGCCACUGAGGACUCCUGCCGAGUGGGUGACUUCAAACAGGCCUUCACUACCAGAUAUCUUAAGGAGUUUGGCUUUACCAUUCCAUCUCGAGCUGUUGUAGUGGAUGAUAUACGGGUUAGAGGAACAGGCAGUACCAGUAUUCGCUGUGAAAAUCGCAUCCAGUCCAGUGGGAAACCACCCAGAAUGGAGACUGUAACUAAAUGCUACUUUGAUGAUGGAUACAAGGACACCCCAGUGUUCCUGCUACAGGACCUAACUUGUGACCACAUAAUCCCUGGACCAGCCAUCAUCAUAGAUAAAAACAGCACCAUCCUGGUGGAGCCUGACUGCACAGCUGCUAUCACUGACUACGGUGACAUCCGGAUCUCAGUAGGGAGCGGGAGACUUCGGGUGAUUGGACCAGAACUUGACACCAUACAACUUUCCAUCUUCUCCCAUCGCUUCAUGAGUAUAGCAGAACAAAUGGGUCGCAUCCUACAGAGGACGGCCAUCUCCACCAACAUCAAAGAGCGGCUUGACUUCUCCUGCGCCCUCUUUGGGCCUGACGGAGGCCUGGUAUCUAACGCCCCCCAUAUUCCUGUGCACCUCGGAGCCAUGCAGGAGACUGUCCAGUUUCAGAUCCGAAAUCUGAGGGACGAACUCAGACGAGGAGACGUAAUCCUGAGCAACCACCCUUGUGCUGGAGGCAGCCACUUACCUGACCUAACUGUAAUUACACCAGUGUUCCGUAAUGAGGUAGAAAGCCCUGUGUUCUUUGUUGCAUCUCGCGGACACCAUGCAGACAUUGGCGGUAUCACCCCAGGGUCCAUGCCACCUCACUCUAAGUCUCUACAAGAGGAGGGAGCUGUCUUUGUAUCUUUUAAACUGGUGCAAGGGGGACAAUUUCAGGAAGAAGAAGUUACCAAAGCUUUGAUGGCUCCAGGUCUUAUCCCAGGCUGCAGUGGGACUCGAAAUCUCCAUGACAACUUGUCUGACCUGCGGGCACAGGUGGCGGCCAAUCAGAAGGGCAUCCAAUUGGUGAAUGAACUGAUUGAUGCGUAUGGGCUGGAGGUUGUGCAGGCGUAUAUGGCGCAUAUUCAGGCCAACGCAGAGCUGUCUGUGAGGGAGAUGCUGAGAGAUUUUGCUGAGCGCUGGGAGCAGCAAAUGGGAAAACUGGAGGUGGAGUCAGUGGACUAUAUGGACGAUGGGUCUCCAAUCCGACUACGGGUGCAGAUCAACAAGGAGGAGGGCAGUGCCACGUUUGACUUCAGUGGCUCUGGGCAUGAGGUGUUUGGGAACUGCAAUGCUCCUCGUGCGAUCACCAUGUCUGCGCUCAUCUACUGCCUGCGCUGUAUGGUGGGUCAGGACAUUCCUCUAAACCAGGGUUGUCUUACACCCAUACAGGUCAUCAUUCCAAAGGGAUCUAUCCUGGACCCUUCAUCAGAUGCUGCUGUGGUGGGAGGGAAUGUGCUCACCUCUCAGCGGAUUGUAGAUGUCAUCUUCAAGGCAUUCGAGGUCUGCGCAGCAUCUCAGGGCUGUAUGAACAACAUCACUUUUGGCAAUGCUAGAACUGGUUAUUAUGAGACAGUGGCGGGAGGUGCAGGAGCCGGGCCUCACUGGCACGGGCGCAGUGGCAUUCACACUCAUAUGACCAACACUCGCAUCACUGACCCAGAGAUCCUAGAGAAACGAUACCCUGUGAUUCUGAAGCGCUUUGAGUUGGCCCCUGGUACUGGUGGUUCUGGCCAUUAUCGUGGUGGAGAUGGGGUGAUACGGGAACUGCUCUUUAGAGAAGAGGUGAUUUUGUCGGUGCUGACAGAGCGGAGAUCAUUCUCCCCGUAUGGGCUGCAAGGAGGCUCUCCUGGAGCACCUGGGCUGAAUUUACUUCAACGGAAGGACAAGAAAAUCAUAAAUCUUGGUGGGAAGACAUCUGUGCCCAUACAACCUGGGGAUACAUUCAUACUGCGAACUCCAGGAGGGGGAGGAUAUGGGGAACAUAAGGAAAAUGACCCAGAAACAUCCUCCAACAAGGCCCAGAGCAGCUGUUUUACAGAGAGAGGAAGUGUGUUUGAGUAUCGCAAGGCGCAGGAAACCGUGUGAUACUAUUGGACGUUUCUCUCCCCCUAUCAUAGGCAGCAGCACACAGGGAGACUGGAUCAUCGCAGGCUACCUAACAAUGUGUAAAGAGAAUUGCUGAAGAGUGCACGUGCAACGCAUGCGCAUCAAUGGUGAUGAGAAGAGCAGAUCUCAACACACAUCCAAACUAAAAUAGAACAUUUUACAAGAGAAGAGGCUGUUAUAUUUUUUUAGAAAAAAAAUAUAGAAUUCAAAUUUUCAUAAAAAUUAAAUAUACUGGCAUUAUUUCAGUAACUCCCAACAUUUGAACCUUUUUUCAUCAUAAAUUUAUUCUAAAGUAACCAGUCUGAAAGGACAUAAAAGGAGGAAUGUGACAUGUACAGUGGUGCAUUACAAAUUCUAAAAGAGGGCUAGUGAUGUCAUACUUCAUGUGUCACUGCUGGCGCUCAGAUCAUGGGAGUCAGGGGAUGUUGUAAGAGCAAUGAUACGUUUUGUAAAAAAGCAUCUAAGUGAACAUGAACAUAUUGCAGUGCAUUGUGGUCAUUAGUAUAUAUUUGCUAUCCACAUGCAGUCAAUGAGGGUCCUCACUGAUUCACAUUUUUGAGAUUCACUGAUACCUUAAAUUACUGUUAUUAAGGUUAUUUAUUCCUUGAUUUAGUCCUUCGAAUGACAUUCUAGAUUAGAUAAUUACGUUUAUGCAGUAAUAAAAAAUCUCAAUAAAUAUA